AAUUGGGUUUUGUCUGCAAUCAAUUAAUAAGUUUUUUCUUCUUCUCUCUACUAUACUAUUUUAGUUUGAAAAAGGUACCUAGUUUAUGCUUUUGAAAAAGGUUUGUUUGCCUUUCCGGUGGCAAAAGCGUUUAAUUGGUCAUUACGUAAAAAUCAUGUCUUAUUAUUGUUCACGUCCCUCUUAAAGUUGCGUUUUUAUUUAACUUUUUUUUUUAAAUUCCAGCCACACCGCAUUAUAGAACAAUAAGUUAUGAUGUCAUAAAAUUCAUAUUCCUUGAAAAGAAAAUGCUUAUUCUCCCCCAUAGAAUAGAACUAAUAAUAACAAAAUUAUCUUGUAAACGUCGGCUUAUAUAUCUGAUAAUAAAACUAGGACCAUUUUGGAUGUGUCAAAAUCCACUGUAGUAAAUAUCCUCACGUGACGGUUGCAUCUAACUCAUCUCUCACAGUCAAUUUAAUACGCCUAGUUUUAAGUUCUGUAAUUAUAGAAAAAAUAAUUAAAUACGUUAAUGUUGUCCAUAAUUUCGCAAUAAUAAUGAUAGGCUGUAUUUGUCAAUAAUACUAAUAAUUAAUAAUAAUUAAAAAAGGAAAGAAGGGGUGGGGGCAGUAAAUGAAUGGAGUCAAGACUGAAGACAGAUCUCUCUCUGUCCACUUGGAAAACACACAAGUGGGUCCCCCCCCUCUUUCCAGAUAUUUGUUCUCUUCCCUCUUCCUCCUCUUCCUCAAAUCUCCUUCUGUGAACUUCGCCGUCAUAUUGUUGAUCCAGCUUUUGAGAGUUAUGGGAAGCUGCUGGUCCGAUGGUGGUGGUCGUGGUGGUGGAAUGGUCGGUGUCGGCGGGACUACUUCCUCCGCCGGCUGCUACGCUUCUCCUAACGACGCCGUUGACUACUACCUCAAGUCUCGCGGCUUCAACGGCCUCUUCUCUCAGAUCGAGUUAUCCUUCUCUGCUUCCAAUUUGCGAGACCGUGACGUCAUUUCAAAGAGCGAUGCAAUGGUGGUUGUUUAUACAAAAGGAAGAGACGGAACACUUUCUGAACUCUUCCGCAGUGAAGUUGUUUUGAAUUCUCUGAAUCCUAAGUGGAUUAAGAAGCUUACAAUCAGUUAUCAGUUCGAGGCUGUGCAGACUUUGCUGUUUCGUGUGUAUGAUAUUGACACUCAGUACCAAAACUCAAGGGAGGAGAUGCUGAAGCUCGAUGAACAGCAGUUUCUCGGCGAGGCAACUUGUGCAUUGUCUGAGGUCAUCACCAAAUCAAACAGGACAAUUGCCUUAGAACUUAUGCGUAAAGAAAGUGUUGCUGCUGCACAGACCCAACCACAAAACCAUGGAAAGCUUAUUGUCCAUGCUGAGGAGUCUCUAGCUUCCAAGACCACUACAGAGAUAGUUCUUAGGUGCUUGAAUUUGGAAUCAAAGGAUAACUUCUCUAAAAGUGACCCUUUUUUGGCGAUAUCUAAGAUGGUAGAACACGGAUCUCCAAUCCCAGUCUCUAAAACCGAAGUCUUGAAGAAUGAUCCCAAUCCGAUUUGGAAACCAGUCUUUCUUAGUGUUCAACAAGUGGGGAGUAAGGAUAGUCCAUUGGUGAUAGAGUGCUUAGACUUCAAUGGCAAUGGCAACCACAGUCUUAUAGGAAAAGUUCAGAAGUCACUUGCAGACUUAGAAAAGCUUCAUGUAAGUGGCGAAGGAAUCAAUCUUCUCUUACCAACCGGUGUUGGACAUAAACAUGAAGACAAGGCGUUAAAGAGUCAGAUUUUCGUUGACAAGUUUACUGAAACCGUUCAGCAUACGUUCCUAGAAUACUUGGCAUCUGGUUUUGAGUUGAACUUCAUGGUCGCAAUUGAUUUCACAGCUUCAAAUGGAAACCCUCGCCUACCAGAUUCCUUGCAUUACAUUGAUCCUACAGGAAGAUUAAAUGCCUACCAGAGAGCAAUAGUUGAAGUGGGAGAAGUGUUGCAGUUCUAUGACACUGACAAACGGUUUCCAGCAUGGGGCUUUGGAGCUCGUCCUAUAGACAUUCCAGUGUCUCAUUGCUUUAACCUCAACGGAAGCAGUACUUACUGCGAGGUAGAUGGGAUGCAAGGUAUCAUGAAUGCAUACAAUGGAGCUCUCUUCAACGUCUCUUUUGCAGGGCCGACUCUCUUUGGCCCCGUGAUCAACGCUGCUGCGACGAUAGCAAGCGAGUCACUCGCUCAGAACUCACGGAGAUACUACGUCUUGUUGAUAAUCACUGAUGGAGUAAUAACAGAUCUGCAAGAAACUAGAGAUGCAUUGGUCAGUGCAUCUGAUCUCCCGUUAUCGAUCCUCAUCGUUGGAGUAGGAGGAGCUGACUAUAAAGAAAUGGAGGUACUAGAUGGAGACAAAGGAGAGAGGCUAGAAAGCUCGAGCGGUCGCGUUGCGUCACGUGAUAUAGUCCAGUUCGUUGCAUUAAGAGACAUACAAUAUGGAGAGGUGUCAGUGGUAGAAGCACUUCUAGCGGAAUUGCCUUCACAGUUUUUGGCCUACAUGAAAAACCGUAAUAUCACUCCCACUACAAGCACUACCUCUGCUUCUUGAUUGCCUUCUCUACACCUCUUCUGUACAUACACAGCUCUAAACGCUGGCGUUUUCUUUUUUUUUCUAAAUAUAUUUAUUUGUCUGGAAUUUUUCCAUUUCCAGCAUGCCAAGUCAAGUUUUAUAUACUUCCAACUCUUUGAUUUGUUUGUUUUCUCUUUUUAUUUAUUUCAGAAUACAGAUGAUUUUUUUUAUUUGAUAUUUUUGUCAAACUAC